CGCAUGAGCGGGGCGUCCUGCCCAUGGUGCGCGGCGUCCUUCUAGUGGUGUGCGGCGCCCUCCUCACGCCGUACCUGUUUCUCGGUAGCUGUCGGGGUCUGACGAGAAUGAUGGAUUUUGAGAAUCUUUUCUCCAAACCCCCCAACCCGGCUCUCGGCAAGAAGCCCGCCACGGACUCUGACCAAAGAAUCGAUGGUGGAAUAGAUGAUACAGAAGUUGAAGAAACACAAGAAGAGAAAAUAAAAUGGAAAGUAAAACUGAAGUGUGAGCAAAUUUCCAAAAAAUUUAGGCACUUUGGAAACUCUACAUCACGGAAGAAUUUGCAACGUAGAAAAUCAAGAAGUAAGGACUAUGAUGUAUAUAGUGAUAAUGAUAUCUGCAGUCAGGAAUCAGAAGAUAAUUUUGCUAAAGAGCUUCAACAAUAUAUACAAGCUAAAGAGAUGGCAAAUGCUACUCAAUCCUUAUCGCUUCCUGAAGAAUCUGUGAAGAAAGAGGGAGCAAAGGAUAUCCAGAAAGGUAAAGCUGUUAAACAAAAAAAUAAAAAUAAAAACCUUAAAGCUGUUCGCAAGAAUGGUAAACAGAAGAAAAUGAAGCGAAAAUGGCCUGGCACUGGAGACAAAGGAUCAAACGCUUCCCUGAGGAAGAGUGGCUCACAGGAACAGGAUGGUAAACCUAAAGAGAAGCAGCAGCCUGUGAGAAUGAGUCAGGGAUUCAUCAACCAACAUACGGUGCAACGCCAGGGAAAACAAAUUUGUAAAUAUUUUCUUGAAAGGAAAUGUAUUAAGGGAGACCAGUGUAAAUUUGAUCAUGCUGCAGAGAUAGAGAAGAAAAAGGAAAUGUGUAAGUUUUAUGUACAAGGAUAUUGUACCAGAGGUGAAAACUGCCUGUAUUUGCAUAAUGAAUAUCCUUGCAAGUUUUACCAUACAGGAGCAAAAUGUUAUCAGGGAGAACAUUGCAAGUUUUCACAUGCUCCCCUGACUGCUGAAACACAAGAACUGUUGGCUAAAGCUUUGGAUCCUGAAAAGAAGUCGUCAUGAAAGUAAAAUGCAUAAAAAAGAUUUGUGAUUCAGCCCAUAUCUGCUGACACACCAGCUCUUUCAGCCUUCUGUGUGCCUGAGAACUGCAAGCCAACUUCAACUUCCUCGUGGAGCUGAGCUCAGUUAGGUGAACCCGGAAUCAACAGAAAUGCUCCUUAUUUCAGCCAGAGGCACAUAAAACAGUCAUUUCAGUCCAUGAAGAAGGAAAACCUGGUCCCAGUGAAUUCCUGAUUGUCUCGGGGGCUGAAUGGCUGUCCUUGUGCAGCUGUGAAGGGUUCUAUGUUCUUCCCAAGCUGGGGAGGUGAUGCGAGCCGCCCCUCAGGAAACAGAAGCCGCCCAGCCUCCCGCAAGACCGCCAGCAGCUCUGCAGGGCUGUGCUCUUGGGGAUGCGCCUUCCAGCUAGAUCUGCACCAGAAAAAAGAAGGGGGAAAAUGACCUUGACUUUCGAAUGGGAUGUGCGGGCCCCUCCAGCUGGGGGUUCAGAAGGCAAGAGGGGAAGGAGGAGCAGACGGGGAGACACUGCUGCUGCCCUCGGCCUUUGUUCUGUCAAAUUUCAGCAAGAUACCGUGGCUGAGGUGCUGCAGCUGCAUGAAGGACCAUGGAACCGGCCUCCUGGGUCCACCCACGAAUUAGCGAGGGUCUGUUCAGAGCCGUCCAGGUCAAAUUACAGGAGUGGGGAAUGGGGGUUCAGGCCAGCAGUUGUGUCCAUGGCCUCAGGCCCUCACUGGCCUUCCCUCUUUCCUCUGAGGCCUCACCCACAUUUUCUCUGUGUCGGGGGCAGCUUUAGCGAACUUAAGGCAAGGGCAUCCCUCGCCCUCCACCCUCCGUUGGGCUCAGCAGCCCUCACACCCCUUAAAUUGCCCUCCCUGAUAUUCUGGAACUGUUACAGGGGGUGUGCGGUGUCUCUAUCUUGUUGAAGGCUGUAUUCCCUGCAAGAAUCAGGCACAUAAAAGGCCCUCACUCACUAGUCGUUAAUCAUUAAAAUAUUUCCCCCAACCAUAGGAAGAAGGGUGGCCCUUUAGGUGAAAAGAAUGAAAGUGAUUUCUUAAAAUGUUUAAGACUUGAAGUGGUAGAGGCCAAACCAUGAAACAGCGCAGAUGGGGUUGAUGGGUCCUUCUGCUCAAGUAAAUCCCCAGACAGGCAGAAAGGAAGGCGAGUGGCUGGCAGCAAGGUUCCCCUGUGUGUCAGCCCGGCGUGCACACACCUCCCUCUGUGUGACAUUCGCAUGUGCGUGUGCACGGGUGAGGGGCCCUCCACGCUUGGCACGGUUCCUUCUCAUUUCCACACUUGGGCCUCUUAACUAGUACCAGCCGCCAGCUACCUCGCACACGCCUCCCAGCUGGUCACCGCCUACCGGUGUGUGUGGAUCUGGGGAGCAGGUGGAUCCCUGGUUGCUCACGUUGGAGGUUGGUGCCCAUCAGUCAAAGACCACCCGGCACCCCCUUAGGGUCCACAAAGCAGGUUUAUAAUUUGCUGCAUCAAGACAGAGAUUGCAUUUCUGGGGACAGGGGGCAGCUCAACAGGAGGGAGUGAGGGAAAGAUAAACAGAGUUUUUGAGUCAGUCCUGGGAUGGCCUUGGCGGGAGUGGGGCAGAAUUUGUCAAGUACAGAGUUGCUGGAAGAGCCGGUGGUCUUGUCCCUGUGAGUGAGCUGGUGUUAGGAGUUUACACUUAAAAGAGUUUGCGACGCUCACGCUCUGAAUGGGUGGAGUUUCUGGGUGGUGUGAGUCCCAGAGCAGCCUGUUUUGAAAAGCUGUGGCUUCUGUUUCAAUUUUCGGUUUCCCCCUAAGGUUGGCUGGCAGCCGAGCAGUUUUUCGCUCUUAUCAAAGUGUGGCAAGUAAGAGAUGGAGGGAUGCUAGGAAAUGACCUUCCUGUGCAGCAGUGGGAGGGCGUUGCGUGCAUGAUGCCCGAGGACACGGCAGGAUGGUUUCUCAGAUUCAGGAAAGGCCCCGACUCUGAAGGAACUUCUGCGGAAUUCCUGUCCUUUUUUUUUUUAUAAAUUUAUUUAUUUUAUAUAUAUAUAUAUAUAUAUAUAUAUUUUAUUUUUGGCUGUGUUGGGUCUUUGUUGCUGUGCGUGGGCUUUCUCUAUUUCCGGCAAGCGGGGGCUACUC